AGAUACUACACCUCAUGUAUCGAGUUCUCUUCAAAGAAUCACCCCAUCUCUCUGGCAAUGCGUUGUUGGUAGAUCACGUUUUCACCCAUGCGCUCCUGAAUUGACGUUUUGAAGUUCAUUUCGAGUUUUGAUGCAAUGUGCAAGAGCUUUGUGUUACACGGUAUGAAAAUAUUGCGGUAGUUGCCUCUUAACAAUGUUGUGUCUCAUGCACUCGAAAUUUUAAUAGAACAACAGAGUAGUAUGACCUGCUUUAUGUAUUGUUUUUGAACUUGUUGGCUGUGGUGAUAUUUUCUUAGAUCUAUAACUAGAUAGUUAUAUUUUCAACUAUUUUCAAUUUUGCCAUUAUCGUGAAAUUUUACAGAAGUUAGCAAGGAGUUUGAUUAUUUAUAAGUGUUCUUCGAUUCACCAAUGUUGGAAUUUUCAUCUGUCUACUAGAUACCAUGACUCUCGAUGAUUUAAAUAUCCAGUAUUGUAGAAAUACGCCAAAUAACAACCAUAAAGAGACAGUUUAUGAAGAUACGGACAACGCUGGUAUGAACGAUACAUCAUCCGCCCAGAACUGUAUUUUCAAUAUGCAGAAUAACGAACGUUUGUCAUCGUGCGCGGAAAUUAAUUCCGAAGAGAAUGACAGAAAUAACGCAUACAGAAUGUUUAAUAACAUGUUCCAAAGACCUAAUUCUCAGUGUUUCAAAAAUGAAUUACAGUACGAUGAAAUGCAAACAUACGUUAAUAAUUCAUUUCGACAAGCAAUGAUGCCUGAAAAACGAAUUGAAAAUCAGACAGAACCUAUUCCUGCUCCGGAUAUAAAAUUGGAGAAAUAUCCUCAAAUGGUUUCCAAUAAUGUUAAUGAUUCGGGACAAGAAAUGAUGGGACAAAACCUUCAAAAUAGAGAUUCUGCAGAAAAUCUUUCUAGUAAAGAAGAUGUAUGCAUAGUUGACAGCGACAGGGGCACUGCUUCUUCAGAUAAAACAGAUGAAGAUAUGGGAUCAAAAGAGAAAGAAUUUAACACGACCAAAAAGACUGGAUCGGGUAUGAGAAAAUUAGAAAAACCUCCUUACUCGUACAUAGCUCUCAUUGUAAUGGCCAUUCAAAGCUCUCCAACGAUGAAAUUAACUCUUAACGAAAUAUAUGAAUAUUUACAAUCAAAAUUUUCAUUUUUCAGAGGUGAGUAUAAAGGCUGGAAAAAUUCAGUCAGACAUAAUUUAUCUCUCAAUGACUGUUUUAUCAAACUUCCUAAAGGUGUUGGACGGCCUGGAAAGGGCCAUUAUUGGACAGUUGACCCAGCAAGUGUCACAGUUUUCCAAGACGGUUCAUCAAAGAGAAGGCCUAGAGGAUUUAAAAGAAGGUGCCAUCUACCAGACAUGCAAAGAUAUUCCAUGUACUAUACCGGUGUACCUAGUCCUCCAAUGAUGGGAUUCGACAUGAUGGGCCAAGGUAAUGUAUCAUGUGGAUCUUUGCAACAAACUGCUUUAGCAAAUCUACUUCAACCGUAUCCAUCAGAAUCAAACGAUAUCUUAGGCAAGAGGAACCAUAGAAUAACUGUCAGACGAAAAUGUGGAAUGCCUUUCCAUCCAUGCUAUUACCCUAACUCUACACCAGGUGGUCCAGUAAUUGGUUACGAUGGUCUCAACCAACACAAUCCAGCAGUACCUCCAGUUUCAAUAGGAACAGUAAGCACAAACAUGUCGGGACUGCAAACAUACUUGUCGUCCAGUGAACAAAUGAUGAUGCCAGGAAUUUCAGGCAAUCCACAACCUUAUGGAUAUUCUCUGAACAAUAACAAUCCAGCACUGAAUAUUAAUUCGGCUGGAAUGGCAAGCAGCGGUCAUUAUAUGCCCAGUUGUGCGAUCGCCGGCACAGCUGCUACGUUAGGACAAACAUCGCCUAUCAACUCGCCGGCGACGGGAUCCGACUUUGGCGGGGUGGCCACGACGGCACCUCCGUCGAUGGGUUAUGGAGGGACCGCAUCGGAUCAGAAUCCGGUGGUAGGUUCUUGGCCGGUGCUGAACGGCGUUCCAUCCACUUCGGACCCUUACAUUAAACAGUCUCCUCUCAGUCCAGCAAGCAGUGCAGGUUCUAUUUCUCCAAACAUAGUAACACCAGGUACGCCAACGGCUGAAGGAAUAAAUUAUACACCAACCGGUUCUGAACAGGUUUGCCAGAGACUCAUGAACAACGAUUCUGCAGAAAUGCAAGUGUCAGCUCUAUCGUCUGCGAUGAACCAGUGGCCUGUUCGUCUUUCUCAGCCCCUGACGUCACAAACGUGCGAUCGCAACUACAUGGAAGGUGUCACUCAACAAACCAUGGAAUCUGCAACGCAAAACAGCGUCUCCCUACCAUCCAUAUCGUCUCUGUGUAACUCAUUGACUUCUAGCAUACCGGUAACGCAAGAUUCUCCUUAUGUUGAAAAUAAAUACUACAGUACCUUUGCUCAAUAACUGCGACUGUGACUAAAUAAUCAACGACGAUGAAAAGAAAACUGCAUCAUUACAAUUGAAAGUUGUAUGACGAACAAUGAUCUUCAAUAUUUUUAAAGAAGAAAUUUUUUUUAAAUGUUGGAGUGGUACUUGUAUGACUAAUGAUAUAUUUUUGACAUCAUAUGCUCCACUGAUAGAAGUUGUAGUUGCAUUUGAGUUUAUUACCUGUAGACCAAAUAAUUCUGCUUGAUUAUUGUUAUGUAAUUGUGCAAUGAAAAGACUAAAUCUGAUUAAUUCACAUAAGUUCAAAAUAAAAGAGAAAAAAAAAUCCACGAAAAUUAGCAAAGAAACUCAAAAUUAAUUAUAUUUCUCUUAAAAAUCUCUAUGUAUUUAAUUUAAUAAAUUUUAAUGUAUUAUUUUCGUAAAUAUGGUAAAUGUUGCCAUAAUAUAUAUGCCAUGUAUGCUUUUGCAUACAUUGUAAAUUGUAUAAAAUUCUCUCAUAUCAUUCGGCUCUUUAUAUUUCUUUACUUAUUUAUUAAGUAAAAAAAUUUUUAAAUUAUUUAUUCACAUGUUUGAUACGUUUUUAAAUGCUAGUUCGAAAGUAAAUAUUUAUUGAAAUAUGCUUAAUACUUGAAAUAUAUUUAAAUGUCCAAAUAGAAAAAAAAGUACUUCAUUAAAUAUAUAAUUUAUUUAUUUAUUUGUGAUGUCAUCUCAUAAUGACAGAUAUCGUUUAAGAAUGUUGGUCUUCUUGUUUAUGUAUGCAUUGAAUCAUAUCUCAGUUUGCAAUUUUGUGCUUAAUAAUGAAAUGAAACAUUUACAAUGUUUUUUUUUUAUUUUUUCAUUAAUAUCAAUGGAAAGAAGGAACAUUUUUUUUCCCUACAAAAAUAUCAUUUCAUUGUAAAAUAAUAAAUUAAUAAAUCUCAUGGAUGAGUGUUGAAUAGUUUGUAAAAUAUAAAAAAAUAUGGAAAAAAAGUGCAAUAUUGUAUGUGCUUGUGUUUCGUUGUUGCCAGCUUGGAGAUUUAAUUCGAUUUUUUUGUUUAAAAUGCUGAAUAUAAUAAUUAUUUUUCAAAAAUAUUUAAUGCAAUUAUUAUGUUGUAUAUAUGUAUAGCCAGUGAGUACUAGAAAAAUUAUAUUUUGUUAAAAAAAAUCCUUCUUAUUUUUUAAAAAAUUAUUCGGUGUUAAAAUAAUCAUCUGAAUAUUACAUUGCCACUUUAAAAUGUUUAUAUAUUUUUAAUUAAAUAAGUUUAUAUAUUUUUAUAUAAAUAAGCUAAGUAAACUAAAAUGGCAAUAUUAUUUUUUCCAAAAUAUUUUGCUAGAAACAUUUUUAAUUGGAAACUCGCAAAAAAGAAAAAAAUAGAACAAUUAUUUUUUCCUUCAAUAAAAAAUAAAUCCAGAUGUAAGUAAAAAAAUUUAAAAAUUAAUUAUUAAAAAAAUAAAAUUGUUUUUAGAAAACUAUACAAUGGAUUUCAUUUGUGUGUUUGUAACACAAAAUCAAUAGAACAAAACCUGGACAAUUUUUGAAGUAAUAUAAUUUAACACGUUCUAAGGAAUGAUAAUAAUUUUUUUAAAGAAGUAAUAUUAGAAAAGAAAUGGCAUCAUGGAUUAGCUUAAUAUUAUAAAAUCCAUAAAUAUAAUUCAUACUGCCAUUUCUAGAAUUUUAAAAAUCGUUUGCUUAUCUAAAUUAUGUGUCUAUAUUUUUAAAAAAAUUAGAUCGAAUUUUAACUCAUUAGAGGAUAAAUAAUAAUAAUUAAUAAUGAAGAUCCUUGACAAAAUUUGGGAAAUAGUUCAAAAUAAUUUUAUUUCUUUUUUAGUAUAUUAUUAUUAUUUUCAUGUCUUUAGCAAAAUUUAGCACUAUAAUUUGGAAAUUACCACGAAAAACAGCUGAUUUCUGCAAAAUAAGAACUUUAUAUAUCACAUUUAUGCAAUAAAUCGUUUGAAACGUUCUUUCAUGAAUUCCAGGAUGUCAUUGUUUAUAUUCCUCUAUUUCAUUUUGUUGUAUUUUAUUUAUUUAUUUUUCAAUAUUAGAAUACAAUUCUUUGAUUUUUUUUCUCAUUUGUGUAGUUUUACAUAUUUCAUAAUGAACGAAACUAAUACUGUAAUAAUAAAGAAUAUCACUACAUCUGCUCAAGACUAUCUGUAAUUGUUAAAAUGAAGAAACUUAAAGGAGAGUGAGUUUGUAAAAAGUAAUGGAUUAUUUAAAAGUUGUAAUAAUGACAUGUAAUGAUUAUUAUCUAUUUGAAUCUUAUUUAUUUAUUGGUUAUUUUAGCUUGCCAUAUGUGUUAUAUUGGGCUGCUUUGAAAUAUGAGCUAUAAAAUAGUGCUUUUAUUGUUUUAAUAAAAAUACUGUAAAAGAAGUUUAGUCUUUUUGUUGUAAUGUGUAA